CCGACCAUUGUUGCGUCCAACAGCUCUGUUGUCUGCACGCGCGUUGGUCGUCCACGAAGCGCCUUUCCAGGAAGCGCGACCGUGGACCAAACAAGCUUGCCAAGCCGACGGCCAGCACCAGCACCCGACAUCAGCACGCGCUCGCAAGUCACCCCUCGCAGCCGCCACGGCUGAUUAUCUCAACAAUGUCGCACUUGUCCAAGAAAGACGCGCACCUCUACAACCAAGACCGACCAAGCUCCCGCCCGAAAGGCAAGCCCAUCUCCUCGGCCAGCUCCAUAGCCCUCUCCUCCACGCUUUCGAGCCUCAUCAAAACCGCCUCCUCCGACGCCUCCAAGCCCGCCGCCGGCCGCGCACGAUCCACGAAAGAAGACAUCUUCAAGUCACACAACAAAGGCGUAAACAAGCGCGCAGCAAAAGACUUGGAAGACUCCCAAUUCACACAGAAACACCGCAAGCUCACGAGCGACGAGAAGGCAGAGGAUGAGGCGCACUGGAAGCGCGCAAAGCGGCGCAUGGAGGAAAAGGCACGCCUAUACAACGCACUGAAGCGGGGCGACAUAGAAGAUGUCGACGACAAGUACGGCGUAGACUUUGAUGCCAAGUGGGCGGAGCAGCAGGAGAAGGGAGGCGCAGGUGCAGACUCGUCGAGCUCCGAGUCUGAAGCGUCGGACGAGGAGCUGGUUGAGUACCAGGACGAGUUUGGCCGGACGCGGAAGGGCACGCGGGCGGAGAUGGCGCGGGAGGAGCGACGGAAACGCACGCUUGCGGCUGACGAGCCGGAUCGCUUCACCGCGCGGCCGAGCAUGCCAACGAAUAUCAUAUACGGGGAUGCCGUGCAGAGCCAGGCCUUCAACCCCGACGAGACUAUCGCGCAGCAGAUGGCCGAGCUUGCGGCCAAGCGCGACAAGGAGCUUACUCCGCCUCCGGACGAGCACUUUGAUGGGCGCCAAGAGGUGCGGCAGCGUGGCACGGCGUUCAUGCACUUCUCCAAGGAUGAGGAGGAGAGGAGGAAGCAGAUGUCGAAUCUGGAGAAGGAGAGACAGGAGACGGAGCGGGCGCGGCGCGAGCGCAAAGAGCAGAUUGAGAAGAGGAAGGAGAUGAUUAAGGAGAAGAAACGCGCGAUUCAGGAGAAGAAGGCAAAGGGCCAAGCUGACCGGUUCUUGAAUGAGCUGGGAGCAGAACUAUUUGGUGAGAGGAAGGAGGAGGGUGAUGAGAAGGGUGCGUAGAGUUGCCAUGAUACCCAAUGA